GGCGGGGCCGGGCCGGGAGGCGCCGGGAUGGACGCGCUGAAGUCGGCGGGUCGUGCCCUGCUGCGGAGCCCCAGCGUCCACAAACCCUCCUGGGCCGGCGGCCGGCACAAGAAGCUCCCAGAGAACUGGACUGACACUCGCGAGACGCUGCUGGAGGGGAUGCUCUUCAGCCUCAAGUACAUGGGGAUGACACUGGUGGAGCAGCCCAAGGGAGAGGAGCUCUCUGCAGCUGCUGUCAAAAGGAUCGUGGCCACU